AUGGUUACUGUCCAUUAUUUUAUGCUUCCCAGAGAGUCCUCAAACAGCAGCCAGCUGGACACACUGACUCCUGUAAAUCAGCCUGGUUUCAGCCGCACGGGAUACACUGUGGUGGCAGUGUGUCUGGGAAUAAUCUUCGUUUUCGGUUUCCUAAAUAACUUCCUUGUUCUUUUGGUCUUCGCCCGCUUUCAUGUCCUGAGGACUCCGAUCAACUUAAUACUGCUGAACAUCAGUGUGAGCGACAUGCUCGUUUGCAUCUUCGGCACACCUUUAAGUUUCGCCGCGUCUGUAUACGGCCGGUGGCUGACGGGUGUUCACGGCUGCAGGUGGUAUGGUUUUGCCAACGCUCUGUUCGGUAUUGUUUCCCUGGUGUCCCUUGCUGUACUGUCUUACGAGCGUUACAACACUAUCCUCUGCUGCUCAAAAGCAGAUGUGUCUGACUAUAGGAAGGCCUGGCUCUUCAUCACAGGCUGUUGGCUGUACUCUCUCAUGUGGACAGUCCCGCCACUCUUUGGCUGGAGCAGCUACGGUCCUGAGGGUCCCGGCACCACCUGUUCAGUCCAGUGGGACCAGCACUCGCCGGAAACAAGGUCUUACGUCAUCUGCCUCUUUGUCUUCUGCCUGCUGCUGCCUCUUUUUCUGAUGGUCUACUGCUACGGGAAGAUCCUUAUUGCCAUUCAUGGGGUUGCUAAGAUCAAUCAGACAGCUGCACAGAGGAGGGAAACGCACGUGCUGGUGAUGGUGGUUUCCAUGGUGUCCUGUUACCUGCUCUGUUGGAUGCCGUACGGGGUCAUGGCAUUGCUUGGCACAUUCAGCGUUGGUAUUGUCAGCCCCACAGCCAGCGUUGUGUCCUCCAUACUAGCAAAGAGCAGCACUGUUUUGAACCCAAUCAUCUAUGUGCUGUUCAAUAAUCAGUUUUACAGGUGCUUUAUAGCUUUAGUAAGAUGUGGACCUGAACCUCCAGCCCAUCUCACCCUUCACACAGAAGAAGGUGGUGCUCAACAAGAUUGCAUCCCUAUGGGGUCAUACGGUGCAGCUUUUUCACCUGACAGCCCAGACAGUUUUGGGACCCAGACACAUACUUCAGUACAUGGAGGUAAUAAGACUUUGGUGCUUGUGGUACAUUGUACUUCAUAAAAACUUGGGAUAUGAAAAUGCCGUUCUUGCAAAACUACUUAGACGGACAUUGUAUGCAUUCUUACUGCCAUAUAUUUAAGACAAAAUGUGUUGUGUUGUUCAGAAAGAUACUGGGAUAUUAGUAUUUUGCUUCACGAUUGUGCUUUAAGUGCAAUGUAGAUAUUAUUUAAUGUGUUUACAUUUUUUGCAAAUGUUGCAUGUAAUUAUUGCCACCAGGUGUCAGUAUUUGUUCAAACGUGAAACAAUGAAACUUGGGCUUGGCAGCAUCCGAAGGUCACGCCUGUGGUGUGCACUGAAGUGAAAAAAUAGAAGUAUUAGGAUGUUGCGGUCAUACUAUAUCAGAAUCUUCUUUGGGUACAUUGAGUAGGUCACCUGAACCCUCUUACCUUGCAGUGACACAGCUAUAAACCAAAAUAUUUUACCAGUGAUUUUUUUCUUACAUAAUUC